AUGUCGCCAUCCCCGAAACGAGACUCCCAGGUAAAGGAGACCGUCGACAUGGUCGAGAAGGCUGAGCAAGAGUCGACCGCAAUCACGCAACCCGUGAUCGACAACGAGCGGACAGCGCAGAUACGCAGGCAAUUCGAUCGUCGAGUCCUGCCUCUCGUCUGCUGUCUUUACGUUCUCUCAUACUUGGACAGAGGUAACAUUGGCAAUGCCAAGACAGCCGGGGCACAGCAAGACUUGGGUCUCAGCAGUGCUCAGUGGUCUUGGGUGCUCAACGCCUUCUACAUUUGUUAUGUUCUCUUCGAGUGGACGACUUUGUUCUGGAAGCUUUUGCCUGCCCACAUCUACGUUGCUGUACUGUGCAUAUGUUGGGGUGCUGCGGCGAUGUGUUCGGGUGCGGUCCGCAACAUGGCCGAGCUCAUAGUCUGUCGAGCAUUGCUGGGCAUCUUCGAGGCCGGGUUUGGUGCCGGCGCUCCUUACUAUCUCUCCCUGUUUUACAACCGUCAAGAGCUCGGUUUCCGCGUAUCGGUCUUGCUGGGAAUGUCGCCCUUGGCAAAUUGUUUUGCCUCCGCUCUGGCGUUUGGCAUCACUCACAUCCGGCACUCCAUUGAAUCGUGGAGGUGGCUGUUCAUCAUCGAGGGUGCACCGACUGUACUGUUUUCUGUGAUUGUCUACUUCUUCCUUGCGGACGCCCCAGACAAAGCCAAAUUCUUGAACCAAGACGAUCAAACACUCGCGCUCGAGAGGCUGGAGACCUUCGACAACACCAAGAAGUCUAAGGUCUCCUGGAGACAGGUCAUUGCAGGUCUUGGAGACUACCAAAACUAUGUUCAUACUAUCAUUCACUUCUGUUGCAACUAUUCGUUUGCCGGUCUCUCCAACUUCUUGCCAACCAUCGUCGAGAACAUGGGCUACUCGUCGAUCAACGCACAGGGUCUCACAGCGCCUCCGUACUUGGUGAGCUUCCUCUGCUGCAUCGCAGGUGCUGUUCUCUCAGACCGUUUCGGCAAGCGAGGCUGGAUCGUGGCUUUCUGCUCUGCGGUCGGUGGUGUCGGUUACCUGAUACUUGCGAUUGUUGAAGAUGACAGCAAAACGGGCGUCCGCUAUGCUGGUGUCUGGCUUGCGACUUGCGGCAUCUUCCCAGCACUCGCCAUCAACAUCACUUGGCUGCUCAACAACCAGCAAGGCCACUCCAAGCGCGGUGCUGGUCUGGCGCUGCUGGCCAUGUUUGGGCAGUGCAGCUCCUUCGCGAGCAGUACGCUCUUCCCAAAGUCUGACGUUCCCUAUUUCGUGCGUGGUUGCGCGGUUGGUUGCGGCCUGACCUUCACCAUCACGAUACUGAGCCUUUGCCACCACUUCGCACUGGAACUGCAGAACAAGAAGCGGGAAAGACUUCAUGGUCCCGUCGAUGCCACACUGAGGCUGGACGUCACGGAAGAUGGGGAUCGCAACCCGAACUUUCGAUAUUUGACCUAA